CGUGCACCACAAUGCCUGCCUAAUUUUUAUGUUUCUUUUGGAGAUGAGGCCUUGCUAUAUUCCCCAGGCUGGUCUGGAACUCCUGGCCUCAAGCGAUGCUCCAGCCUCAGCCUCCCAAAGCCGACUAGUCACCUUGCCAGCCUGUUGGUGAUUAUUUGAUUGAAGUGUGUCACCCCUACUUCACCACGAGCUCACGGCUCAAGGGGAACGGGGCUGGUGACUGUUUUGUCCUGGGCACCUGGGAACAUCAUAGGCACUCAGGAAAUAUCUGUGGGAUGAUUGCUGCUGCUCCACAAGCUCACCACCACCGUCAGGUGCAGGCUUCGCAGAAAGGGCCUGGCGAGGAGCUGACCCUAGUGUCUGCAGCUCCCAUACCCAGCCUAAGGAGGGAGGAAAGGAGGGAGGAGUGGCUGCGGCUCCAGAUAAUAAGGGCUGGGGCCAGGCCCUGGGGGGCAUAACUGGCCUGAGAUAACCUGAAAGACCUGAGGCGGAGGAGAGUCCAUCACGUUCCAGGAGACUGCGGGCACACACACAAACCACAUGCACGUGCGUACACACUCAGACACACGCUACACACAGGGACACAGCCUACAUACGUGCACACACACAGCAUGGGCAUGCACACGCACACCACACCACUUAAGGGGAUACACACAGCCUACACACGCAUACACCCACACCAUAUACACACUACACACCGGGACAAACGGACUAUGCACACGCACACACAUACAUACACACAGACACAUACAUGUACACACGCGGGCCUGCAGCUCUGAAAGGACUCCUGACUUUGGUGGCAGGAGGAGCUGGCGGGGCCCAGCCAGUGGGCGGGGCCAGGGGAGGGGCGGGCAGGUAGGUGCAGCCACUCCUGGGAGGACCUUGCGUGGCCAGACCGUGCUGGUGACUUGUCCACACUGCUCGCUGCGGAUACUCCAGGCGUCUCCCGUUGCGGCUGCUCCCUGCCUUUGAGGCCAGCCUUGGACACUUGCUGCCCCUUUCCAGCCCGGAUUCUGGGAUCCUUCCCUCUGAGCCAACAUCUGGGUCCUGCCUUCGACACCACCCCUAGGCUUCCUACCUUGUGCGCCUGGAGUCUGCCCCAGGGGCCCUUGUCCUGGGCCAUGGUCCAGAAUGGGGUCCUGGGGCCUGGGCAGCCGGGGGCUGUAGCCAUUCUGCUCUAUCUUGGAUUAUUCCAGUCGGGGACAGGAGCGGAAGGGGCAGAAGCCCCCUGUGGUGUGGCCCCCCAAGCACGUAUCACAGGUGGCAGCAAUGCAGACCCCGGUCAGUGGCCCUGGCAGGUCAGCAUCACCUAUGACGGCGUCCAUGUGUGUGGUGGCUCUCUCGUGUCUGAGCAGUGGGUGCUGUCAGCUGCUCACUGCUUCCCCAGCGAGCACCGCGAGGAAAACUAUGAGGUCAAGCUGGGAGCCCAUCAGCUGGACUCCUACUCCGAGGACGCCAGGGUCAGCACCGUGAAGUGCAUCAUCACCCACCCCAGCUACCUCCAGGAGGGCUCCCAGGGUGACAUUGCACUCCUCCAACUCAGCAGCCCCGUCACCUUCUCCCGCUACAUCCGGCCCAUCUGCCUCCCUGCAGCAAACGCCUCCUUCCCAAAUGGCCUCCACUGCACUGUCACUGGCUGGGGCCAUGUGGCCCCCUCAGUAAGCCUCCUGACACCCAAGCCACUGCAGCAACUUGAGGUGCCUCUGAUCAGCCGUGAGACGUGUAACUGUCUGUACAACAUCAACGCCCAGCCUGAGGAGCCGCACGUUGUCCAGGAGGACAUGGUGUGUGCCGGCUACGUGGAGGGGGGCAAGGACGCCUGCCAGGGUGACUCUGGGGGCCCACUCUCCUGCCCUGUGGAGGGUCUCUGGUACCUGACGGGCAUUGUGAGCUGGGGCGAUGCCUGUGGGGCCCGCAACAGGCCUGGUGUGUACACUCUGGUCUCCAGCUAUGCCUCCUGGAUCCAAAGCGAGGCGACAGAACUCCAGCCUCGUGUGGUGCCCCAAACCCAGGAGUCCCAGCCCGACAGCAACCUCUGUAGCAGCUCUGCCCCAGCCCAGGGCUUGCUGAGGCCAAUCCUUUCCCUGCCUCUGGGCCUGGCUCUGGGCCUCCUCUCCCCAUGGCUCAGCGGGCACUGAGCUGGCCUCCUUCCAGGAUGGAUGCAUCACACUCAAGGACAUGAGCCUGGUGUUUCCCUGAUGGCUUUUGGACCCAGGGCCUGGCUUGAGCCACUCCUUCCUCCAGGACUCUGCGGGAGGCUGGGGCCCCACCUUGAUCUUUGAGCCCAUUCUUCUGGGUGUGCCCUUUGGGACCAUAACUGAGAGUCAGGAGUUUCACUGCCCGUAGCAAUGGCCAGAGCCUCUGGCCCCUCAUCCACUGUGGACCAGCCCAUUGGCCAAGCUCCUGGGACCCUUGGCUAUGAAAAUGAGCCCUGGCUCCCACCUGUUGCUGGAAGACUGCUCCCAGCCCGCCUGCCCAGCCCCUGCCCUCUCCCUGUGUUCUGGGCUGGGGCUGCCUUUGUGCAGCUUCAAGGACAGGAAAGGCCCCAAUCUUGCCCACUGGCCGCUGAGUGCCCCCGAGCCCUGACUCCUGGACUCCGGAGGACUGAGCCCCCACCGGAACUGGGCUGAUGCUUGGAUCUGGGGUGGGGGUAACAGGGCAGAAAGGAUUAAAAUGUUUGAGCACAA